AUCCACAAGGCCAUGUACUCCCUCCUGUCCUGGGUGUUGGAGCAGAGCAGAUCCACUGUCCAGGCCUUCUUGAACAACUUAUCCAAAGACUAUAAUCUGGACAGCUACCCCAGGCUGCAGACCCUGCUCACUAACCUGGAUUCCCGAAGGGAGACUGCAGGUUCCAAACAUGAAAACAGACCAUCUGGAGGUCACAAACCUCCUCACAGUAAGAAGAGGAGCCAUGCGGAUCGAGAACUGAGCUCCCAGCGGUCACAGUAUCAUGCCAAGACAACCGAUGGAGGAGGAAGUAAAGUGAAGCUCUACAGAGUGAAGAGUGAAGCUCCUGGCUCCAAGCUGCCACCUGAAAACAGUGUGCAAGUACCGUCUUCCACAAUCCAGAGAGGAGUCCACCUGCCCUCUUCAUCCUCGUCCUUCUCGGCUCCCUCCACGGAUCCCCCAGUCAACCAUGAUAACCAAGAAAAGGUGCAUGUUAUGCAGGCAUAUUGUUUGGAAGGGGCCACCAGAGAGCCCAUUAAAGCUGGUGGGGGUCUGUCAGAGGAGACAAAUGCAUCAAAGUCCAAGUCUGCUAAGAGCACAUUUCACCACCAGGUGGAGACAGCCACACGCAUGAUUCAUUACAAUGAUGAUGAGUGUACAGUGUGUAAGGAUGGAGGGGAGCUGAUCUGCUGUGACGGUUGCCCUCGAGCUUUUCAUCUGGCCUGCCUUGACCCUCCACUCUCGUCCAUACCAAGUGGCUCUUGGCAGUGUGAGUGGUGCCGUGGACACAGGGUGAAAAAAGAGAAAGCACAGCUACCCUUACAAGCUCUCUCAGCUCAUCCUCAGCAAACAAACACAAACUGCAGUAACUCCAUCACCGAUGUCUCAUUCUACUCAUCGCUGUCAUCCUCCCUCACAAGCGUCACGGCGACGAUGAGUGCGUCAGGUGGCAGAAACCAGUGCUCGGGUGGAGAGCUGGUUGGUGUGAGGGAGGUGUGCGGUAUUUGCCACCUUGGAGGAGGAGAUUUGACCCACUGCUUUCAGUGUCUGAAGCAUUUCCAUGUAAACUGCCACUUUUCCAAAGGGAGGUCCAUCUGCCUGUCCUGCUCCAGACUGUGGGGCAGCUCUGCUGAGAGAGAGGCUGAAUCCAGAGGCGGGCAGCUUGCACCUCUGGCUCAAAACACACUUAGUCAUGAUCAAAGCGCCUCCCUCUCUGAGCCCAUCCACCAUAAAGAUGAACUGGACUCCAUCCUGGGAGACCAGAGCUCCAUUGAUGGCAUCUUACAGUGGGCUUUCCAUAACAUGUCUCGUCCUCUUCCAGGCUCUCAGGGAUGCUACCAGUGACAGAGAACCAGGAAUGCAACACUGUAAAUCAGCAAUGAUGAAAUCAGUGUGUAGCUGAUUAAAAUGA